ACUGAGUUCGGAUUCGCCAAACCUGAGUAGUGGACCGAGUUGAUUCAUUCUCAAUUUCAUUCGCAAUCGCACUCCCGCAAGUUUGCUUCUUCUCCUCCGAGUUCACAUUGUACUCCUUCCUAUCUCUCUCUCUCUCUCUCUCUCUCUCUCUCUCGCCUUCUUCAGCAGAUUCGCCACCGUGUUUGUCCUCAAUCUCUGAGUAUAUCGCGCGGAUCCGAACCUUCCCGGAUCGCCCAUCGCUGUUGCCUCACCACACCGAUCGAUUUCGCGCUUUUGUCUCCCCGGAUCGAAACUCGGGGCGGAGCGAAGGUUCGGAGCCGUUCCUGGUUGUUCGCUUGGAAAUGGCAGCUGUUUCUUGAGAUAUCUGAGUUCCAUAACGAUGGAGACAGAGAGUCUGCGAUCCGUUUCCUUGCGAGCGAAUCGUCGAGGCGACCGCGGGAAUCAGAACUCCUCGGCUAAAGAUGCUGAAGGAGAUUUUUAUUCUCCGGGGAGAUUGGCACACGAGUAUCCAGUGAAGGUCAUGUUCAGGAUGGGCUUUGUUCGGCUAGUUCUCGUCGCGGGCAUCAUCUGGAUGUUGCUCAUUCUCAGUGUGUUGCUAUUUCAUGUAUGGUCUUGUCAAUCUUCAGUUACUUUCUUAUCAGCUAUUUGCAAUCGAGAGAGCAGGGUAUUUCUCAUGUUAGACACGAUGGGCCUGGUACCAAAACCACAGCAUCGAUGUCCAAUACCCGUUGCCAACGAUCCCAAUAAAGUUGCUAUACCAAGUGGAAGAACGCCAGACAAAAUUGUUGCGAAUUUGCACUAUGUUAUGGACGAUGAACAAAUUAACAAUGCAUCAAAGUCACCUCCACUUUUUGGAGGACGUGAAACUUGGUCACAGAGAGAAGAAAGCUUUAAGCUCAAUCCAACAAUGAAGGUGCAUUGUGGAUUUAUCCGUAAUGGUGGUGCUGAGAUGGAUCCUGUUGACAUCAAAUAUGUGAAGAAGUGCAGAUUUGUGGUUGCAUCUGGCAUUUUUGAUGGAUAUGAUACACCACACCAGCCGUCAAAUAUAAGUCACCGGUCGAAGAAGCUCUUUUGUUUUCUAAUGGUGGUGGAUAAGCAAUCUCUUUCUUUCAUCAAGAGCAAUGUUACUGUAAGGAAGGAUGAUGAGGGGGGGCAAUGGGUGGGAAUUUGGCGUCUCGUGCUUUUGAAAAAUUCACCCUAUGAUGAACCCAGAAGAAAUGGAAAGGUUCCAAAGAUUUUGACCCACAGAUUGUUCCCUCAAACGCAGUACAGCAUCUGGAUUGAUGGUAAAAUGGAGCUGAUAGUUGAUCCGUUGCUAAUGCUUGAAAGAUAUUUAUGGAGGGGCAAGAAUACCUUUGCAAUUGCCCAGCACAAGCAUUCUCGCAGCAUAUACGAGGAGGCUGAUGCAAAUAAGCGCAGGAAGCGAUAUGCUCGGCCUCUUAUUGAUCUUCAUAUGAAAAUUUAUAAAUAUGAGGGGAUGCAACCAUGGACUCCUGAAAAGGGGAACCCAAGUGAUGUUCCCGAGGGAGCCAUUAUCAUCCGCGAGCAUACUGCAAUCAACAACUUGUUUUCCUGCUUGUGGUUCAAUGAAGUCGAUCUAUUCACACCUAGAGACCAACUCAGUUUUGGGUAUGUCGUCUACAGAAUGGGAGGCGCUUUCAAGUUCUUCAUGUUUCCAAAUUGUGAGUACAACUCGAUAUUUGUGCUACAUCCACACACUCGGGAACAUUCUUCUAAGAUUGAAUGGGUGAAAAACAUGAGCGAGUUUGAGGGAAAAGGUAGCAUUUUGAAAGAGAGUCGGGGAGGCUUAGGCCUGUGGACGCCUUAUCCAGGGAACUUGGAUGAAGUUGUACUACCUCCCGUUGCCAGAACUUCAAAAGCAGGCUGACACUCUUAACGCAUCCAUUUGGCUUGUUUGCAUACUUUUUGUUCCAAGUAAACCCUCUAUGGAUUACACUUUGGGUACACCACAUCCUAAUUUGGAGAAGACUUGGGGCCAUGGGAAGGAAUUGUAAAUCAUUUGAAGGAGAUACAGGAGAAUUGCUAGGCCUGCUGAGAGCAGAGCAUUUUGAGGAUGCCCAGAUACUGGUAUAUCCACGCCCAACUAAAUUGCGGAGAGGGACAAGCAAAACCUCGCGGCUAGUAUGCACGUGAGAUUUGGUUUUAGUUGAAGGGGCUAUACAUACUGCUUACACAAAAUGCUCUUUUUCAGCUGGUGUUGAUGUUUUUAAUAUUCGCCAAAGGCGAAUCAAUGGUAAAGUUUUGCCAUUGCAAAUGCGAUGAAUGUCCUUAGUGUCGGUAAUGCUUAAAUUUUUUUAUGUAACUUUUCCAUACAUUGGAGAGUAAUUGGGUCAUUUUACUCCCAUUAUGCUUCUAAAGGAAUUUCCUUU